AUGAAUUUGAAGAAAUUCAUGUCAGACUUGAAACCUCUGUUUGAUUUGAUUGUCGUACUGCAAGACAGGGGUAUUCUAUACAACAUUAGGCAGAAAUGGUGGGUCAAAAUGGGUGGCGGAUUGUGCGGUGUUGAUAGGCCACAGGUCUCCAGUGCCAGCGAACUCAACAUCGAGAAUGUCGGCGGCGUUUUUGUAGUUUUGGUCGCCGGUGUGGGUCUCGGCUGUGUGUUUGCGGCCCUCGAGUUUAUAUGGAAAAGCAUGAAACUGGCCCGACAUGAGAGGGAGAAUCGGCGAAAAGACAAGCGACGGACUAAUCAUAUGAAUCACAUGAACGGCUUUAUUAAGUUUGAAGAAAUUCAUGUCAGACUUGAAACCUCUGAGAAUCGGCGAAAAGACAAGCGACGGACUAAUCAUAUGAAUCACAUGAACGGCUUUAUUAAGUUUGAAGAAAUUCAUGUCAGACUUGAAACCUCUGAAUCGAUAUGCAAACUGAUUUGGCUGGAGAUCGUGCGGAUAUUUACAGGCGGGGGCUCUACUCGCCCGGUGCCCAACAGUAACAAUACUAAGUCUUCCAUAGACUCGGAUAGUGUGCGAGAACUGGAAUCCAUGGCUGAAGUGAAUAAUAAACUUAUGUUUAGUAAAUAA